AUGCCAGACCCGGAGCCGGUACGGUGGGUGCAGCCGACCUACCAAGACGUAGACACGCUCCCUAUCGUGGAUGCGAAGGGCGAGUACAUCGUAUCACGUGUGCAGUGGCCGACCGGCGAGGUCGCCUACCGCACCCCUGCCCCGGUGGACGACAAGCUUGCCCCACGCUUCGGCUAUAAUGUGGUGCAGGUGCGCAAGCACGUGUCGUGGUGGAAGUACAACCAAAAGUAUCCCCGCCUCUCCCUCGCGUACAUCAACAUCCAAGUGCUUUUUCUGCUCGGUCUCGCCUGGCUCGUCGCCUUCCUUACGAACGAAUACCGUCAGACGAUGGAGGCGAUGCGGACGCCUGGGGCGAUGGUCGGCGAGCACCGUGGCAGAGGACCGGCAACGAACAGCACGCAGAAAAUCGCGUUUGAGAGGGAUGAGAUGAACGCGCUGCUCGACAAGGCGCAGAACAACUGGUGCGACGGGAAGGCAGAGGCGUCCUACGUGGGGUCGAAGGCGUACAAGAUGAAGAAGAUCCCGCGUCCGAAGGAGUUCUCCGCGGAUGACUUCCGAAAGCGAUAG